UUCGCGCGUGUAUUUAUGAAGUAUAUUGCUUGCUAAUUUAAUUUUCAAAAUGGCGGCCGUAAUCUUUCGUCUGAAUUCUAGAAAUAUCCCUUACUCUGCUCUUCGACAUGCGCAUAGGAAUUACUCGAAAAAUCAUCACAACCAACUACACGAGGUUGUCAUAGUGAGUGCAGCCCGUACAGCCAUCGGAUCGUUUAGAAGUGCUCUCUGUAGUGUUCCUGCCCCUAAGCUUGGUGCUGUCGCAAUAAAGCAUGCUGUGGAAAGAGCGGGUAUUUCCCCUGAGCAGGUUCAGGAGGUCUACAUGGGCAAUGUAUGUGCAGCAGGGAUGGGCCAGGCACCGGCCAGGCAGGCGGCACUAGGAGCAGCCCUUCCUAUCUCAACACCCUGUACAACUAUUAACAAGGUGUGCGCAUCUGGAAUGAAGUCAAUCAUGGCGGCAGCACAAAGUCUGAUGUGUGGUAGCCAGGAAAUAAUGGUCGCUGGUGGAAUGGAAAGCAUGUCUAAUGUGCCUUUUUAUGUCUCAAGGGAGGCUCCCACAUAUGGAGGCCACAAAAUGGAGGAUGGAAUUAUCAAAGAUGGCUUGUGGGAUGUGUACAACCAGUUUCACAUGGGAGUUUGUGCAGAGAACGCUGCCUCAAAGUACAACAUCACUAGAGAAGAACAAGACGAUUAUGCCAUCCAUUCCUACAGACGCACAGCUGCUGCUUGGGAUGCAGGGAAAUUCAAGCAAGAGGUUGUACCAGUUAAUAUUCCUCAAAAGAAAGGCAAACCAGAUAUUGUUUUCGAGGAGGACGAAGAGUACAAAAAGGUCAGCUUUGAGAAGUUUCCUUCACUGAAGACUGUGUUUAAGAAAGAAAAUGGCACUGUGACAGCAGCCAAUGCCAGCACUCUGAACGACGGUGCUGCGGCAGUGGUUUUGAUGACAAGAGAAGCAGCUGAGAAGAAUGGUCUAACACCGCUAGCAAGCAUCGUAGCGUUCGCUGAUGCAGCUGUCGCCCCUAUCGACUUCCCUAUCGCGCCAGCGGCCACCAUCCCAAAGGUUUUACGACUGGCUCACUUGCGAAAAGACGAUAUCGACAUGUGGGAAAUUAACGAGGCUUUCAGUGCCGUGGCUCUAGCCAAUAUAAAGAUUCUAGACCUCGACCCCAGCAAAGUCAACAUCCAUGGAGGUGCCGUCUCUAUCGGCCAUCCAGUCGGGAUGUCGGGCGCUCGUCUCAUCAGUCACAUGACGUACAAUCUCGCCCCGGGAGCGCUCGGACUUGCUGCCAUCUGUAACGGUGGCGGAGGAGCUUCGGCAAUGAUUCUCCGAAAACUUUGAUAAGCUAUCGAAUUGUUUGCAUGAAGGCAUGGUGUAUAUACAGAUAUAGGGCACUUGGUAUUUUGCUUACGAUAGUCAAUAAAUGUGGGAAAUUGUU